AUGGACGAAGAAAUAGAUAUAAAGGUUUUAUAUAAACAACAGAUUUUUUUCAUAAAAAUGUUCUCAUUUGAGUUAAUUCUUCGUGGCCUUGAAUUAUCCCUCAAGGAUUUCAUUAAAAACCAUCUUCCUAUUACUUCCAAUUAUAAAAAUGUCAAAACAUUUGAUGAAUUUUUAGAUUCCUCAAACGAUCGAAUAAUCAAUGAGAGAAAAGGCGAAAUAUUAGAUUAUUUCAUUCACCAAUUCCUUCUCAAGAAUGGAAUCAUUUCAUGCAUCAACAAAACUCUUGUAUAUAUUAACCCGCAUAACAUGCCAAGAAUCUCUGACGGGAACGUUGACCUCCAUGGUCAAUACAAGAUUCUGAUAUUCUUAAUCCAGAUUACGCUGCAAGGAAUGAGCUAUGAGGCUGGCGGUGUUCUAGGCACUGAGGGGAGUCCCCAGGUUGAUGAUAUAAUUUCCGUCAGUGUUAACUUGUUAAAUCCGGGAGCAAAAAUUAUGGUUAGAGAUAUUCGAGAAUUUCUUAAUACUGUUCGAAACAAACCUGAAUCAAAUAUCGGAUUCUUCGUCUCAAAUGUUGAAUUAAGCGAAUAUGCUUAUGGAGAAUUACAAGAUUCAGAAAUUAAGGAUCGAAUUUGUUCUGAAAUUAAAAAGAUUAAGGAAGAUAAACAUGAAAAGUACGAAGAAUCUAUUGAGAAACUCCAUAAAAAGAUUGAAAAGCUUGAAAAUCAAAAUUUUGAUCUUGAAAAAAAGAUCGAAAAUCAGGAUCGAAAACUCGAUUUGAUCUUAAGCAAAUUAAAAUAA